CGCCGGGCCACGCAGAAAGACAGAACAUUUUGGAGCAGAAGGUGGGCAGGCAGGAUCUGCCUUCCGGCAGCCCCUUGGGAAGCCAGAGAAACGGACUGGAAUGAGGAGAGAGAAGAGCCUGGACUGGGGGCCUGGCUGAGGCCUGUAGCCCUGAGCAGAUCCCUUUGGCAUCCUCCAGCAAUCCUGGCCCAACCUUGGACGUUUAACAUGGCAGUGCCUGAGGGAAGCUGGCAGCUCACAACCAGCAUCAUCAAGGAGUGUCUCUUUGGGAGGCCAGCGUGAGAAGUGGGAGAGGAUGGCCACCGAGAUCAGUGCUCGGGGCAGGCAGUGUGCCAUCGGGCAUGAGGAGUACAGCCUGUAUAGCAGCCUGAGUGAGGAAGAGCUGGUCCAGAUGGCCAUCGAGCAGAGCCUGGCUGACAAGACUCGGGGCCCAACCUCUGCUGAGGCUGCUGUAUCCACGUGUGCCACCCGCCAGCCUGCCCAUUUCUACCCAUGGACCAGGUCGACUGUGCCUCCCCAGAGCUCGCCGGCCUCAGCCCCCAUGGGCCCGUUUCAAGAGGUCAUGCAGAAAUACAACCACAGGAAGACCGCCCAGCUGGCGCCCGUGGACCCCGUGGUGAAGGCCAUCAAGGAAGGCGAUGAUGAGGCCUUGAAUGCCAUGAUCAAGGCAGGGAAGAACCUCGCGGAGCCCAACAAGGAAGGCUGGCUGCCACUGCACGAGGCGGCCUACUACGGCCAGCUGAGCUGUCUGAAGGCCCUGCAGCGAGCAUACCCAGCAGCCAUCGACCAGCGCACCCUGCAAGAGGAAACAGCCCUUUACCUGGCGACAUGCAGGGGUCACCUAGACUGCCUGCAGUCCCUGCUCCAGGCUGGAGCCGAGCCUGACAUCUCCAACAAGUCCCGAGAGACACCACUCUACAAAGCCUGUGAGCGCAAGAACGUGGAUGCAGUGCGGAUUCUCGUGCAGUACAAAGCGGACACCAACCAUCGCUGCAACCGAGGCUGGACAGCUCUGCAUGAGUCUGUUUCUCGCAAUGACCUGGAGGUCAUGGAGAUCCUCGUGAGCACAGGCGCCAAGGUGGAAUCCAAGAAUGCUUAUGGCAUCACCCCCUUGUUUGUGGCUGCCCAGAGUGGGCAGCUGGAUGCCCUGCGGUUCCUGGUCAAGCACGGUGCCGACAUCAACACGCAGGCCAGUGACAGCGCGUCUGCCCUCUAUGAGGCCUGCAAGAACGACCACGAGGAGGUGGUGGAGUUUCUGCUGUCGCAGGGCGCUGAUGCCAACAAGACCAACAAGGAUGGCAUGCUCCCGCUGCACAUCGCCUCCAAGAAGGGCAACUACAGGAUCGUGCAGAUGCUGCUGCCGGUGACCAGCCGCACGCGCGUCCGCCGUAGCGGCAUCAGCCCGCUGCACCUGGCGGCCGAGCGCAACAACGACGCGGUGCUCGAGGCGCUGCUGAGCGCGCGCUUCGACGUGAACGCGCCGCUGGCGCCUGAGCGCGCGCGCCUCUACGAGGACCGCCGCAGCUCCCCGCUCUACUUCGCGGUGGUCAACAACAACCUGUACGCCACCGAGCUGCUGCUGCUCGCCGGCGCCGACCCCAACCGCGACAUCAUCAGCCCCCUGCUCGUGGCCAUCCGCCACGGCUGCCUGCGCACCAUGCAGCUGCUGCUGGACCACGGCGCCAACAUCGACGCCUACAUCGUCACGCACCCCACCGCCUUCCCCGCCACCAUCAUGUUCGCCAUGAAGUACGUGUCUUUGCUCAAGUACCUCAUGGACCUCGGCUGCAACGGCGAGCCCUGCUUCUCGUGCCUGUACGGCAACGGCCCACACCCGCCCGCCCCGCCGCCCUCCAACAGGUUCAGCGACACACCCGCUUCCGGCAAGGCUCCCGGAGUGGUCCAGUUCUGCGAGAUCCUGUCGGCCCCGGAGGUGAGCCGUUGGGCAGGGCCGAUCAUCGACGUGCUCCUGGACUAUGUGGGCAAUGUGCAGCUCUGCGCAAGGCUGAAGGAGCACAUUGACAGCUUCGAGGACUGGGCUGUCAUCAAGGAGAAGGCAGAACUUCCAAGACCUCUGGCUCACCUUUGCCGGCUGCGAGUUCGAAAGGCCGUUGGGAAAUACCGUUUGAAACUCCUAGACACGUUGCCUCUCCCGGGCAGGAUGAUUCGAUACCUGAAACACGAGAAUACCCAGUAACCAAGGUCGUAUGGAGGAGUGGCUGCUCAGACUAUUUCACUAAGCCUCAGGACGGUGGUGUCCCCUAAUCCAGGGGGACCUAGUGACAGAACGAGCUCCCUCUCAGCUGGGGCAGCUGCUGUGACCUCACCACGUCUCUGGCCAGAGCUCUGCGCAGAGCAGAGCACGGAAUGUCAAGUAGGAGAAAAGCCAUGUUUGUUUUCAAACUGAUGAGUAGAUCCCAGACCUCCUCUGCCCAGGAAUGGCAGAAACCUCCAUUCCUGGGGCCCGGAGAGGGGGCAGGGUGGAACUUGGGGUGUUCUGGGGAAGGCAGGGGCUGGCACGGAAGCCCUGUCCCCAGCUCUGGACUGCGGAUGGUGAGUCCGCUUUUCCAGGACAACCUUGCUGCAGGCCUGUUCCUGUGCCCUUCCCCCUUCGCUCUGUGAAACUCUCCACUUGACUUUGAGCUUUUUUGCUGAAGGUGUGGUGCAGUGGUGGGCAGGGGGACCCUCGGUCACAGAGGGCUUCCUUAGGUUCAAUAAAAAUGGUGCAUAGAUGA